GGAGUGCACUUGGUGCAGCGCGCCGCCCGAUGAGGAGAAGACCGAAGCGGAGGUCGACACCCCGAAGAGCAUGGUGACGGAUACCACCGCAGGGGAAGAUGACGAUGAGGACGCAAAGAAUCAGAAGCACACUGUCAUGGUCUUCAAUGAGGACGUAGAACAGUGGAUCGACCCCGCUGCCAACGAGAUCAAGGUGACCUUGGAGCCUCCAAUUCCAAGCUGGAUUCCGGUCGCUGGCGAGAUAACGACUGGCCACGUCCGAUCGUGCAUCCCGGUCCUGCAGCCCAAUGGCUCUGCCAUCAGUUUCAAGACGGAGGAUCAGGAGCAGGUAAAGAUCAAGGAGACGGUGAACAAGCAGCAGCUCGAGCAGGAAGCUUUGAAGUUGGAGGAGGAGCUGCAAAAGGAACUGAUGUCCAAGAAGCACGAGGUCAAGCAUGCCGCGAACUUGAAAAAGAAAGAAGAGGAGAAGAAACUCAUGGAAGACAUCAAGAAAAGGAAGCAGAAGCACCAGAAUGAUUUGGAGACGGCCAAGACACAGCUGAAAACCCUCGGGAAGCAGUACUUUGCCGACGAGGAGGAAUACUUGCUGCACAGCGACAACUGGUCGUCCAACUUUGAUGACCGCCUUUGGGUCAGGGACACCAAGAAGGAAGAUAUAGGUAAGGGCUUCUGGCUCGAGAGCAAGACUGGCUCCGAGAUCUCGCUCAAUGGCUCCAUGACGUUGGAGAAACUCCAACAGAUGUCACCGGAUGAGCAGAAGAAGCACUUCCCGCUGAAGAUCACGUGGAAGCUCUACAAAUUGUCCAACAUCACCGAGGAUAAGGAUGGGCCGUCCGGGAGACCCUCCUGGUUCCCAGAGGUCGAACCGAAGAAAGACGAUCUCGAUGAGUCCUUCCAGUACAAUGUGGUCCGGAUUGGCGAGCUGCUCGAAGAUUGGGGAUCGCGGAAAGAUCGCGAGGACUCAGAGAAGCUGGACAAGGAGGAAGCCUUCGCCAUCAAAUCAUUUCUCGAGGGCAACAUCCGAAGAGAGAAGCGCCUCCUAAAGUACAACAUCCUGAAGGUUGCGGCACACAAAGGCAGCCUGGUGCCGCAGGAGCCCUUCAGAAUGCUGGGUGCGCCCAAGUCAGAUACGAAGGAAGCCACCAUCGAAGAUCACAAGACAAAAUGGUGGUUCGACAGUGAAGAGGAGGAAGCCUGGGAGACCGAGAUCGGGAGGAAGGCGCAUCUCGAGUAUACCCCCGACUGGCAGACGAAGCUUAAGCAGCUCCUCAAAGAUCGAAACAUAAGCGAGUCUGCAGAAGGGGACGCAUACGUCGUGAAGAAUGCCGAAGACAAGGAAGUGAAGACGGCGAAUCUGGCAUCAGCGCAUCCGGGACAAAUUCAGAAGUCUGCAUCAUGA